AUGAAUAAGGAUCCCUGUGACUUCAUUUUGAGAGAAAUCUGUGAUGCUAAAAUCAAGGUAAAUAAAAAUCCAAAGAGUGAUUGUGAAUUUGAUGAAAUAGCAGAGAAAUUCAGCCAACAUUCAGUCCUAAAUGAGUAUAUGAAAUUGACCUCAGGAAAUGACUGUUGGGAUAGUGAAUACACCAAAUCCUUUCCUGAAAAAGUAGGAUUUGAUCAGUCACUUGAGAAUUGUCCUGAAAUGCCCAUGUAUCAAGGUAACCUCGGGAGAAUCGCCUAUGGCUCCAGUUUAGACCUCACAGGACAUCCAAAGAGUAAACAUAUAGAGAUGCUCUCUGUGAGUAAAAAAGGGGUGAGAUCUUUUAGUCAGAACUCGAAGGUUGGUUCAUACCAAAUAAUCCACUCUGAAGAGAGACCUUAUGAAUGUAAACAGUGUGGAAAGUCUUUCAAAUGGAGGGGGAAUCUUGCACAGCAUCAGAGAAUCCACACUGGAAAGAAACCUUAUGAAUGUACACAACGUGGAAAGACUUUAAUUGAGAGGGGCUCUCUUGAUAGGCAUCAGAGAAUACACUCUGGAGAGAAACCUUAUGAAUGUAUACAAUGUGGAAAGACUUUCAAACGGAGGAGCCAUCUUGCUGUACAUCAGAGGAUCCACACUGGAGAGAAACCUUAUGAAUGUAAACAAUGUGGAAAGGCUUUCACAGAGAGGGGCAGUCUUGCUGUACAUCAGAGAAUCCACUCUGGAGUAAAACCUUAUGAAUGUACACAGUGUGGAAAGGCUUUCACUGUGAGGGACUCUCUUGCUAAGCAUCAGAGAAUCCACUCUGGAGAGAAACCUUAUGAAUGUAAGGAAUGUGGAAAGGCUUUCACAGAGAGGGGCCAUCUUGUUGUACAUCAGAGACUCCACACUGGAGAGAAACCUUAUGAAUGUAAACAGUGUGGAAAGGCUUUCACCGUGUUGAGCAACCUUACUGUACAUCAGAGAAUCCACUCUGGAGAGAAACCUUAUGAAUGUACACAGUGUGGAAAGGCUUUCACCGUGAGUGACUCUCUUGCUAAGCAUCAGAGAAUCCACUCUGGAGAAAAACCUUAUGAAUGUAAGGAAUGUGGAAAGACUUUCAAACAGAGUAGCAAUCUUGCUGUACAUCAGAGAAUCCACACUGGAGACAAACCUUAUGAAUGUAAACAAUGUGGAAAGGCUUUCACAGUAAGGGACUCUCUUGCUAAGCAUCAGAGAAUCCACUCUGGAGAAAAACCUUACGAAUGUACACAGUGUGGAAAGGCUUUCACAGAGAGCAGCUCUCUUACUGCACAUCAGAGAAUCCACACUGGAGACAAACCUUAUGAAUGUAAACAAUGUGGAAAGACUUUCAAACAGAGGAGUCAUCUUGCUGUACAUCAGAGAAUCCACACUGGAGAGAAACCUUAUGAAUGUAAGGAAUGUGGAAAGGCUUUCACAGAGAGAGGCCAUCUUGCUGUACACCAGAGAAUCCACACUGGAGACAAACCUUAUGAAUGUAGACAAUGUGGAAAGGCUUUCACUGUGAGGGACUCUCUUGCUAAGCAUCAGAGAAUCCACUCUGGAGAGAAACCUUAUGAAUGUACACAGUGUGGAAAGGCUUUCACAUGGAGGGGAAAUCUUUCUGAGCAUCAGAGAAUCCACACUAGAGAGAAACCUUAUAAAUGUAAACAAUGUGGAAAAGCUUUCACACGGAGGGACCAUCUUGCUGCACAUCAGAGAAUCCACACUGGAGACAAACCUUAUAAAUGUAAACAAUGUGGAAAGACUUUCAUACAGAGGACUCAUCUUGCUGCACAUCAAAGGAUCCACACUGGAGAGAAACCUUAUGAAUGUAAACAAUGUGGAAAGACUUUCAUACAAAGAAAUCAACUUGCUGUACAUCAGAAAAUCCACACUGGAGAGAAACCUUAUGAAUGUAAACAAUGUGGAAAGGCUUUCAUAGAGAGGGGCUCCCUUGCCAAGCAUCAGAGAAUCCAUACUGGAGAGAAACCUUAUGAAUGUACACAAUGUGGAAAGGCUUUCACAGAGAGGGGCUCUCUUGCAAAGCAUCUGAGAAUCCACUCUGGAGAGAAACCUUAUGAAUGUACACAAUGUGGAAAGGCUUUCACAGAGAGAGGCUCUCUUGCUAAGCAUCAGAGAAUCCACUCUGGAGACAAACCUUAUGAAUGUAAACAAUGUGGAAAGACUUUCAAACGAAGUAGCCAUCUUGCUGUACAUCAGAAAAUCCACACUGGAGUGAAAUCUUAUGAAUGUAAACAAUGUGGAAAGGCUUUCACUGUGAGGGGCAAUCUUUCUAAGCAUCAGAGAAUCCACACUGGAGAAAAACCUUAUGAAUGUAAACAAUGUGGAAAGCUUUUCACAGACAGGGGUAAUCUUGCUAAGCAUCAGAGAAUCCACUCUGGAGAGAAACCUUAUGAAUGUAAACAAUGUGGAAAGGCUUUUACCGUGAGGGGCAAUCUUGCUAAGCAUCAGAGAAUCCACACUGGCGAGAAACCUUAUGAAUGUACACAAUGUGGAAAGGCUUUCACUGUGAGGGGGAAUCUUGCUGAGCAUCAGAGAAUCCACACUGGAGAGAAACCUUAUAAAUGUAAACAAUGUGGAAAGGCUUUCAAACGGAGUAACCAUCUUGCUUCACAUCAGAGAAUCCACACUGGAGAGAAACCUUAUGAAUGUACAGAGUGCAGAAAGACUUUCAGGCACAGUGUAAGUCUUGCUGCACAUCAGAGGAUCCACAGUGGAGAGAAACCUUAUAAAUGUACACAAUGUGGAAAGGCUUUCACACAGAGGGGUAAUCUUGGUAAACAUCAAAGAAUCCACUCUGGAGAGAAACCUUAUGAAUGUAAACAAUGUGGAAAGGCUUUCACAGAGAGGGGCUCUCUUGCUGCACAUCAGAGAAUCCACACUGGAGAGAAACCUUAUGAAUGUACACAAUGUGGAAAGACUUUCACAGAGAGGGGAUCUCUUUCUGCACAUCGGAGAACCCACUCUGGAGAGAAACCAUAUGAAUGUACACAAUGUGGAAAGGCUUUCACAGAGAGCGGCUCUCUUACUGUACAUCUGAGAAUCCACACUGGAGACAAACCUUAUGAAUGUAAACAGUGUGGAAAAACUUUCAAAAGGACAGGUCAUCUUGCUGAGCAUCAGAAAAUUCACACUGGAGUGAAAUCUUAUGAAUGUAAACAAUGUGGAAAGGCUUUCACUAAGAGAAGUAAUCUUGCUGUACACCAGAGAAUCCAUUCUGGAGAGAAACCUUAUGAAUGUACACAGUGUGGAAAGGCUUUCACCAUGAGGGACUCUCUUGCUAAGCAUCAGAGAAUCCAUUCUGGAGAGAAACUUUAUGAAUGUAAGCAAUAUGGACAGGCUUUCACAGAGAGGGGCCAAUUUGCUGUACAACAGAGACUGCAUGCUGGAGAGACACCUUAUGAAUGUAAACAAUGUGGAAAGGCUUUCACUAUGUGGAGCAAUCUUACUGGUUUUUAG